AUGCCUGACGUCAAUCACCCUCGUCCUUUCCGCUCCACCUCGCUCUAUAAAGACCCCCCAACCUCCUCCGCCAACUUUUCUCUCCCGUCACCACCACCACACACCCCACCCUCCACCGCAACCAUGGGCCUCAAGGAUAUCUUCAGCGACGCUGCCGAACGCGUCAAGCAGCUCCCGGAAGCCUCCAACGACGACAAGCUCGAGCUGUACUCGCUCUUCAAGCAGUCCAACGUGGGCGACUGCGCCACCGAUCGCCCAGGCGGACUCUUCAACAUGUCCGAAAAGGCAAAGUGGGAUGCCUAUAACGGAAAGAAGGGCAUGGCCCAGGACGACGCCAUGAAAGCCUACAUCGAGAAGGUCGACUCUCUGUGCGGCACCUCGUUCGGCUCCCAGGCCUAAGCACUUGCUGAAAAUAAAAUCGCCUUGCUUUAUACA